ACUAGCCAUGUGUGGGAGGCCUGGAGCAUAAAACCAGCCUCCAUGCAUUUCUGCAUACCUCUAGCUGCUGGAAGAAAGUCAGAUCUUCCAAAGCUGAAAGGAAAACUCAAUUCAUUUCAGUCUGAGCUACUGCAUCUCCUCCAGUGAACUGUUGAACUAGCAACGACAACAAGAACCAACCCCCAAGAUGAGUGGUGACGAUCCUUCGCAGUACCUGCGUACUAGCAGGACGCAGGACGUCAUUGACCAGACUCGAAUGUUUGACACCAAGAAAUGGCUCUGGAUUCCGGACGAUGAAGAGGGAUACAAAGCCGCCUCUGUCAAGUCCCAGAAAGGGGAUAAAUGCACCGUCGAGUUGUCGGAUGGAACGGAGAUGAUAGUAGACCUGAACUCGACUGAGCAGAUGAACCCUCCCAAGUUUGAGAAGAUGGAGGACAUGGCUGGACUCACCUAUCUCAACGAAGCCAGUGUUAUGCACAACCUCAGGCAGAGGUACUACUCCAGCCUCAUCUACACCUACUCGGGAUUGUUCUGUGUGGCCAUCAACCCCUACCGCAUGCUCCCCAUCUACUCCAACAAAGUGGUAGAAAUGUUCAAGGGAAAGAGACGAACGGAAAUGCCUCCUCACAUCUUCUCCAUCUCUGACAAUGCCUACAGGGACAUGUUGCAAGACCGUGAGAACCAGUCCAUCCUUAUCACGGGAGAAUCUGGUGCAGGAAAGACUGAGAACACAAAGAAGGUCAUCCAGUACUUGGCUCUGAUUGCACCCGCCCCCGGUCAACAGUCAACUAAAUCAGCGCGUGGUAACCUCGAGGAGCAGGUGAUCCAGGCCAACCCCGUUCUGGAGGCAUUCGGAAAUGCAAAGACAAUCAGAAACGACAACUCAUCUCGUUUUGGCAAGUUCAUUCGGAUUCAUUUUGGGAAUCAGGGCAAGAUUGCUGGAGCAGACAUUGAGUACUACCUUCUUGAGAAGUCUCGAGUCAUUCAGCAACAACCUGGAGAAAGGUGCUACCACAUCUUCUACCAGCUGCUGGCUGGGGCUGACAACGAACUUCUCGGUAAACUACUCCUCAAUCGUCAGGUGAAGACCUUCCAUUUCCUUGAGAACAGUGAGGUCUCCGUGGACAACGUCGACGAUGCACAAGAGUUCAAGAAUACACAGGAUGCCAUGGCAACGCUUGGUUUUGACGAGGACGAGCGUAUAUGUGUGAUGAGGACAGUGGCAGGUAUCCUACAUUUCGGGAACAUCGAGGUGAAGCAACGACCGAGGGAAGAGUGGGCAGCCAUUCCCAACACAACUGAGGCUGAGAAGGUUGCUCAUUUGCUCGGUAUCAACUCUGUCGACUUGGUCAAAGCGCUCAUCAAACCUCGCAUCCGUGUUGGGAAUGAGUACGUACAGCAGGGCAGGAAUCUGGAGCAAGUCCAGUACUCCAUCGGGGCUCUCUCCAAAAGCCUUUACGAGAGAAUGUUCACCUGGCUUGUGAAGAAGGUCAACAAGACACUCGACACUAAGGCUCGCAAAAACUGCUUCAUUGGAGUGCUCGAUAUUGCCGGUUUUGAGAUCUUCACUGUGAACUCGUUUGAGCAGCUGUGCAUCAACUUCACCAACGAGAAGCUGCAGCAAUUCUUCAACCAUCACAUGUUUGUGCUGGAGCAGGAAGAGUACAAGAAGGAGGGAAUCAAGUGGGAGUUCAUUGACUUUGGUCUUGACCUCCAGGGGUGCAUCGACCUCAUCGAAAAGCCCCUGGGAAUCUUGGCCAUUCUCGAUGAGGAGUGCCUCUUCCCCAAAGCCAGUGACAAGUCGUAUGUGGAGAAGCUUCACAAGAACCACGAUGGCAAGUCAUCCAACUACAUCAAGCCCAGCUUCAAGUCCAAGGGAACCAUUGUCCACUUUGAAUUGGCCCACUAUGCAGGAACAGUGGGGUACACAGUUGUGGGCUGGUUGAACAAGAACAAGGAUCCCCUCAACGACUCUGUGGUAGAGCUGCUCAAGAAGUCCACAGAUCCCUUUGUUGUGGGACUCUGGGACGACUAUCUUCAGGAGGGAGAGCGGCCACGAGGGAAGAAGGGAGCCUCCUUCAUCACCAUGGGACAGCUCCACAAGCAGUCCCUGAACAACCUCAUGACCACCCUCCGGAACACCAUACCCCAUUUUGUCCGCUGCAUCAUUCCCAACGAGCUGAAACGCCCUGGAGUCAUCGAUGCUAACCUUGUCAUGCAUCAGCUGAGGUGCAACGGAGUGCUGGAGGGCAUCAGAAUCUGUCGCAAAGGGUUCCCCAACCGUCUCGUCUAUCAAGAAUUCAGACAGAGAUAUGCCAUCCUUGCCCCCAAGGCCAUUCCAGCUGGCUUCAUGGAUGGUCGCAAAGCGUGUGAAUCUCUCAUUGAUGCUCUACAACUGGAGAACAGUGAGUACCGAAUGGGUAACAGCAAGGUCUUCUUCAAGGCCGGUGUGCUGGGUCGCCUCGAGGAUAUGAGGGACAUUCGACUUGGAGAGGUGCUCACUCAGUUUCAGUCUUAUUGCCGUGGCUACCUCAUGAGAAAGAUGCACAAGAAACUGAUCGAUCAGAGGCUUGCCAUUGCCGUGCUCCAGCGAAACAUUCGCAAGUACCUGUUCCUUCGUGAUUGGAAGUGGUGGAAACUGUACACCAAGGUGAAGCCGCUGCUCAACGUUGCUCGCACAGAGGAUGAGCUUCGCCAGAAAGAAGACGAACUGAACAAACUGAGGGAGAAAUUUCAGAAGGAUGAUGCGAUGAGAAAAGAGUUGGAAGAGAGUCAGACGCAACUGAUGGAGGAAAAGAAUGAUCUGUUUGUCCAACUACAGAGGGAGCAAGAGUUGUGUGCAGAAGCUGAGGAGAAAGUCGAACGUCUUGUUACAAAGAAGGCUGACCUUGAGACCCAUAUUCAAGAAAUGGUUGAACGUCUCGACGAUGAAGUUGAAAACAAUGCCAACAUCUCAGCAGCACGUCGCAAGCUAGAGGCAGAGGUAGACAAUCUCAAAGAAGAGCAGGAGGAUAUGGCAGCACAGCUGGACAAUAUGGAGCUGGAGAAAGCCCAGAAAGAGAAAGAUUGCCAAAGUCUUGAGGCUGAACUAGACAAAGUCACAGAGACACUUGCCAGGACUCACAAAGAGAAUAAAACUCUGGAAGAACGACUUACUGAAGUCACUGCCAGUCUGCAAGGUGAAGAAGACAAGUCCAACCGACUGUCCAAGUUGAAGAUCAAACUAGAGAGCUCUUUAGCCGAGACCCAGGAUGAACUAGGGAGAGAGAAGAAAGUUAAGGCUGAUGUAGAGAAGGCAAAGAGGAAGCUCGAAGGAGAUCUGAAGGCAUCUCAGGAAAGUGUGGACAACUUGAAUCAUGCUAAGGCAGAGAGUGAAAAGAUGCUAUCCAGCAAAGAGAAGGAUAUAGCAGCCAUGGUGUUGAAAGGAGAUGAAGACUCUGCUGUCAUAACCUCUCUUCAGAAGAAGAUCAAGGAGUUAGAAGCGAAGGUUGAGGAGCUAGAGGAAGACUUGGAGAGUGAGAGGGCCAUCAGGAAGAGAGUUGAGAAGCAGAAGAACGAUCUCUCCAGGGAGCUAGAAGAUCUUAACGAUCGACUGGAGGAGCAGGGCGGAGUCACAGCUGUACAGACGGACCUCAAUCGCAAGCGUGAGGCCGAGCUAACUCAAGUACGUGUGGACAUGGAGAAGCAAGCUGAAGAACACGAGCUAGCCAUGUCUGAUGUUCGUAAGAAGCACACAAAAGCUGCAGGUGAAUUGGAGGAGCAGUUGGAGACUUUGAAGAAGGGCAAGAGCAAAGUGGACAAGGACUUACAGCGCUUGACAGCUGAGCAUGGUGACACCACAUCUCAGUUUGAUGCCCUCACGAAGGCCAAGACCAACAUUGACCGUAAAAUGCAUCAAGUUGAGGAGCAACUCAGUGAGUCCACAGCUAAAGUGUCAGAGUACGAGGCAAUUAUCAACACACUCAAGUCAUCCCAGAGCAAGCUCCAGACUGAAAACAACGAACUCUCCACACAACUGGGAGAAGCCGAAAGCAAAGUUGGCACCCUCUCCAAGAAUAAGAACUCAUUGUCUGCACACGUGGAAGAGCUGAAGAGUGAUCUGGAAGCUGAGACCAGUGCAAAGUUUGACAUACAGUCCAAGUACAAGGCUCUUCAGUCGGAGCACGAGCAGCUGCAGGAAACCCACGAUGAGGAGAUGGACAGUAAGAGCUCCCUCCAGAGCCAGAUGACCAGCGCUAAGUCCGAGGUGGCCACCUGGAAGAACAAGUUUGAGACUGAAGCAACGCCAAGAAUCGAGGAGCUGGAGGAGGCUAAACGCAAGCUCCAGGCCAAAUUGAAGGAGGCUGAAGAGUCACUAAGCACCACAGAGACCAAGUUCUCCAGUCUGGAUAAGACAAGGCAACGUCUCUCUAACGAGGUGGAGGACCUGAACCACACCUUGGAGAAUGAGCGAAACCGAGCAGCAAGUUUGGACAAGAAACAGAAGCAGAUUGACAAGCAGAUCACAGAAUGGAAGAGCAAGUACGAGGAGAAAGAGAAGGAGCUCGAGAAUGCCCAGAGGGAGUCGCACUCUUACAACACUGAGCUGCUCAAAUUGAAGACACAGUUCGGGGAACUUGAGGAUCAGCUGGAGACACAGCAGAAAGAAUCCAAGCGUCUCCAAGGUGAGCUGCGAGAUGUUGAGGCACAGCUGUCAGAGGGAGGAUCGUCUGUGGUGGAACUGGAGAAAGCCAAGAAGAAGCUACACCUGGAAAUGGAGGAAAUGGCACAGUCCCUUGAGGAUGCAGAGGCCCAACUGGAGAGUGAGGAAGCUCGUGUCCUCCGCAUACAGCUUGAGCUGAGUCAGCUGAAACAAGAGAGUGAACGUAAACUCAACGAGAAAGACGAUGAAAUCGAUUCACUGAGAAAGAAUCACCAGCGACAGUUGGAGGCUGUGCAGCAGACACUGGAUGGUGAGGUCAAAGCAAAGAACGAACAAGCCAGACAGAAGAAACUCAAGGACGAUGAAAAUGCUGAGCUGCAGAGUGCCAUUGAUUCCAAUGAAAAGGCUCUGUCAGACUUGGCCAAGAAGGUGAAGUCGUUGUCUGCUCAGCUGAAGGAGAUAAGCGGGUUGUAUGAGGAAGAGCAGCGACAGCGGGACCAACAGCACACACUCGUUACUAAGGCUGAGAAGAGGGGCAAUGAGUUGGCCAUUGAGCUGGAGGAUAUCAAGACACAACUUGAACAGACUCUCCGUGCUCUCAAGACUUCUGAUGCUGAGAAAACAGAUGCUCAGGACCGGAUGAGCGAACUCUCCUCCUCAACCACCUCCCUCCAGUCGGCCAAGCGUAAAGCCGAGCAGCAGCUGACAACACUACAAGAGGAAUACGAAGACAUGGAAACAGAGGCGCGUGAGAAUGGAGAGAAACUUCGCAAGGCAAUGGAGCAGAACGCUCGAUUCCAGUCCGAGCAAAUGACCACCAGGGAACAGCUGUCGUCUGUGGAGAAAUCAAAGUCAAGCUUGGAGCAGCAGGUGAAGGAUUUGUCUGGCCGUCUGGAGGAGGAGGUCACUAACGCUACCAAGGCCGCGAAGAGGGAGGCGGCCAAGCUACAAGCCAGGAUUAACGACCUUGAGUCUGAGAUGGAGGUGGAGACCAAAGGAAGGAGUGAUGCCCAGAGGGCAGGCAAGAAGAGUGAUCGCAAAGUGAAGGAGAUCACAAUGCAGCUGGAGGAAGAGAAGAGCACUAGUCAGCGACUCCAAGACAGCGUAAACCAGCUCAACAACAAAAUCCGUGCACUCCGUCGUGAGAAGGACGAUGCGGAGGGUGAGACGGAGGGAGUCACAAAGAAACUUAAGGCUGCACGUGCCCAGAUCGAGGAACUGGAGGAGGGCAAUUCGGACCUGCAGACUCAGAUCAACCGUCUCAAGGCCUCGGCCAGGAAAGCCAGGACCGUGGUGGCAGCUGAUUCAGACGAUGAGAAAUGAACUUUUUAUCAAACUUUUUAGCUCUAUAGAUGAGUAGGAGAACUAGUCUAGUCCUCUAGUUAAUUAAUUAUUUUUGAACCUUUUAGUACAAUUAUUAUUAAUUUUUUGAAUUAGUAGACUACAUUAUUUUGAUGAAUAAUCAAUUCCCUUAAAUUCA